AUGGCAAUCCAAGCAGUAGCUCAUGCGUUGAAUGAGUUUAUGAUUAUCAUGCAUAGUCAAAAUGUUGAACGUCCAUUAACUCGACGAACAGUUACCAGGAAAGGAUAUAACUAUAUACAUAAUGCUUUGAGUGAGGAUCCUGAGCAUUUCCGACAAAUGUAUAGAAUGUAUCCAGAUGUGUUUCACAAGUUGUGCAAUAUUAUUAGAGAAAAAACACUGUUACAAGAUACAAGGUUCAUUUGUGUAGAAGAAAUGCUUGCGACAUUUUUGCGUGUUGUGGGUCAAAAUAACAGAUUUUCUGUAAUACGUGACACAUUUGGUCGAUCCCACUUCAUUGCUAGUAGAAGUUUCAACAAAGUUUUAAAGGCUUUGAACACAUUAGCACCAGAGAUGUUAGUCAAACCCGGAUCUGCAAUGCCAGCCAAAAUAAGGGAAAGUACAAGGUUUUACCCUUACUUUAAGGACUGCAUCGGAGCGAUCGAUGGCACACAUAUUCCAGCAAUGGUAAUAGGAGUUGAUGUAAGCAGUUAUCGUAAUCGUCAUGGAACAAUAUCACAAAAUGUAUUAGCAGCUUGUAACUUUGAUUUAGAAUUCAUAUAUGUGCUUAGUGGGUGGGAGGGCUCAGCUCAUGAUUCAAGAGUACUAAAUGAUGCUUUAACAAGGAGGAAUGGACUUAAAGUGCCACAAG